AAGAGAAUAUAAUUACUAUUUCAUAGAUAGUGGCAAAUCCUAACUUUACUUGACAUUUACGUCUAUAUCCGAGUGUUUAAGUUAGCGAUGGAGUCAUCAGCUAUACAGGGCGUAGAGAGCGUUUGCGUGAAAGCUGAACCCUGUGAGGAUGUGUGUAUAACAGAUGAGCCCAUGGUCGAGGGAGUGUCUGUGAAAGUUGAGCGUUUGCUGGAUGAUGUGCGUGUAAAAGACGAGCCCAGGUGCGAGGGUGCAUCUAUAAAAGCCGAUUCUUCAUUCUUAGAUGUGUAUGUAAAAGACGAGUCGCUCGGCGUGAGCGCGGCGGCCGCAGCGGCGGAGCUGUACACCGACCACGCAGUCAAAGAUGAGCUCGUGUUCGGUCCCGUGAUAGUGGAGCGGCGCGUGCGCCACGCACCAACAGCUUUCAACCUGGGGGUAGAAGUGAAACAGUCAUGUGAGAUUGUCCCCGGGAGGCCCCUUCUAAAGGAUUGCUGUGUGAGGCUGGAGCGUUUUGUUGUGGACACACUGCACACUAGCACCCGGAGCACAGACCUGGACAGCCGGAGACAAGGUCAUGAAGCUGAUGUAGUGUGUGGAUACAGGAACACCACAGUUGAGAUUGUUGAAGGAAACUGCGAUGAGCAAACUCCUCGGAUGAAACCAAUUGGUAGACCAGAUAUAUACCAAUGUGCCCACUGUAAAUAUGCAACAGUUAGACAAGUAUGGUUAAUCAGGCAUUUGAGAAAACAUACUGAUGCGAGACCAUACAAGUGUGAUCAGUGUAGUUAUGCUAGUGCCCAAAAAGGAAAUUUGCAACGUCAUAUAAGAAAACACACUGGCGACAAGCCUUACAAAUGUGACCAGUGUAGUUAUGCUAGCAUCCAUAAAAGUUCUUUGGAGCUUCAUGUAAGAAAUCACACUGGCGACAAGCCUUACAAAUGUGACCAGUGUAGUUAUGCUAGUGCCCAUAAAGGAAAUUUGCAACGUCAUAUAAGACAACACACUGGCGACAAGCCUUACAAAUGUGACCAGUGUAGUUAUGCUAGCAUCCAUAAAAGUUCUUUGGAGCUUCAUGUAAGAACUCACACUGGCGACAAGCCUUACAAAUGUGAGCAGUGCAGUUAUGCUAGCAACCAAAAACGUAAUUUGAAAGUUCAUAUAAGGGAACACACUGGUGACAAGCCUUACAAAUGUGACCAGUGUAGUUAUGCUAGCAGUCAUAAAAGAUCUUUGGAGCUUCAUGUAAGAAAUCACACUGGCGACAAGCCUUACAAAUGUGACCAGUGCAGUUAUGCUAGCAAACAAAAAAGUCAUUUGAAAGUUCAUAUAAGGAAACACACUGGUGACAAGCCUUACAAAUGUGACCAGUGUAGUUAUGCUAGCAGCCAUAAAAGAUCUUUGGAGCUUCAUGUAAGAGUUCACACUGGCGACAAGCCUUACAAAUGUGAGCAGUGCAGUUAUGCUAGCAACCAAAAACGUAAUUUGAAAGUUCAUAUAAGGGAACACACUGGUGACAAGCCUUACAAAUGUGACCAGUGUAGUUAUGCUAGCAGUCAUAAAAGAUCUUUGGAGCUUCAUGUAAGAAAUCACACUGGCGACAAGCCUUACAAAUGUGACCAGUGCAGUUAUGCUAGCAACCAAAAAAGUGAUUUGAAAGUUCAUAUAAGGAAACACACUGGUGACAAGCCUUACAAAUGUGACCAGUGUAGUUAUGCUAGCAACCAAAAAUAUAAAUUGAAGGUUCAUGUAAGAAAACACACUGGCGACAAGCCUUACAAAUGUGACCAGUGCAGUUAUGCUAGCAGCCAUAAAAGUUCUUUGGAGCUUCAUGUAAGAAAUCACACUGGCGACAAGCCUUACAAAUGUGACCAGUGCAGUUAUGCUAGCAACCAAAAAAGUUAUUUGAAAGUUCAUAUAAGGAAACACACUGGUGACAAGCCUUACAAAUGUGACCAGUGUAGUUAUGCUAGCAGCCAAAAAUAUAAAUUGAAGGUUCAUGUAAGAAAACACACUGGCGACAAGCCUUACAAAUGUGACCAGUGCAGUUAUGCUAGCAACCAAAAAAGUAAUUUGAACGUUCAUAUAAGGAAACACACUGGUGACAAGCCUUACAAAUGUGACCAGUGUAGUUAUGCUAGCAGCCAAAAAUGUAUAUUGAAGGUUCAUGUAAGAAAACACACUGGCGACAAGCCUUACAAAUGUGACCAGUGUAGUUAUGUUAGCAGCCAUAAAAGUUCUUUGAAGCUUCAUCUAAGAAAACAUACUGGCGAAGGUUUACUAAUCCAUAAAGGUAAACACAUUAAUGACGAGUUUACAGGUUCAAAGAAUUUUUUACUGGAUCUUGAACGACGGCGUAAAGGUAAGAAGCUUAAUCUUAUAUUCUAUCCAUGUCUGAAAUUAGUAUUGAUAUACAAAUCUGCUUUCCAUCAGGAAACACACACACACACACAUUAGUUUUAUUCUCAUUAGUUUUCUAGACCUUUUGUAUGGUUUUUUUGUCACAAUCAAAUGGGCUAGAUGGUUGUUAAAAAAAAUUACGUAGGUAUAAUAUGAACUUUGUCGUACAUCUGAAAGUGGUUCAAAUUUCACUAUGAUGUGUUGCUUUUUUCCGUUUCCGGCUGUCAAAGUAGCAACUGUGUUUGUGAAAGUGCUCCCGAUUUUAACCGAAAUAAAUGUGUAUACGCAACUCAUUAUCACCAUUGUUACGCAAUAUCGAUGGGACACACAGUGUACGCUCUAAAGAUCAUAUAAGAACAGAUCAGUGAAGCGAAACAAACAAAAUAAACAACUCGAAACUUCGCGAAAGGUUAUAAAACCAUAGUCAACAUUUAUCAAGACAGACAGUGACACCGCUACCAACACAACGAACGGAACACGUUCCGUAACUCGCAAAACCGAAACAUAUACGGCGUUGAGUUACUACACUAUGAUUACCGACGGUAUGUCAGAAGAAAUGUCAAAGUUGUUGGCGUUGAUGAAAAUAGAACUUGAUAAACAAACUGCAACGAUUACACACAAUGUGACGGAGACUAUUAUGCGUAAAAUAGACGAAAAGAUUAAACCGUUACAAGAGGAGAACAAAAUUGUGAAAACUGAGAUCGAAACAUUACACAAAAAAGUUAAGUAUUUAGAAGAAAAAAACAGACAAAACAAUCUAUUGCUGCACGGUGUGAAAGAAACAGAGCGUAAUCACGAAGACUUGUUUAAUGUUAUAAAUGAAAGCGUGAAAAACCUGAAUAUUACCUUAGAUCCCCACGAAUUAAGCAAUUACUACAGGCUAGGGCGAAAAAAUGAGGAGAAAGUGCGACCUAUACUUAUUACGCUUGUCUCGCGCCAGAAGAAAAUUGAAAUUGUUAAAAAGAAGAAAGAGAUGCCGCAAAACACAUACAUUACAGAAGAUUUUUCAAAAGAAACCUUGGAGACACGUAGAAACUUGCAGAAAGAACUUAAAUUGGCAAAGGAAAAAGGUGAAAAUGCAUUCAUUCGCAACAACAAAAUAUUUACAAGGGAUUCGUCAGAGGUCGAGAAAAGAAAAAGAGAAGCUUCCACAUCACCCAACAACACAAACUCUCCUCUUCAAAGCAGUGGAAAAAAUAUAGUGGCCCCAGCAAAAAUGCAUAAGACAGAUGCAUUCGCAUACAUGAGGGCCCGAUCCUACGCCUUGUCUGAAAAACACAAUGAACAACAAAACCAAUAACAAUCAACAGGCACCGGUAACGUGAACAAAAUAAACAAAAUAGAUAAGAAUUCAAUAAGCAGAAACAACAAAAGCCCCAAUACGGCUGGUCACCGCGGGGCUAAAGACCACACCCCCCAAGUAUAUCAAGACAAGGAAUCAAGUCACUCCCAUACAACAAUGCCAACUACCCUGGAUGAUACAAAAAAAAAAGAAACAGCACACAGGAAAAGACUAUAUAUUGCAACACUCAAUACACGUUCGCUGAGGUCCGAGGAAUCCUUGUUAGAGCUUGAUCAAGCGCUACAAAACAUCAAUUGGGACAUCAUCGGCAUUAGUGAAGUAAGGCGAGCAGAGGAAAAAAUAAUAGAAUACAAAAACUUUAUAAUGUAUUACAAAAAUGAAAUACGUGGACGAUAUGGUGUCGGAUUUCUAGUUAAAAAACACUUGAAAAACAGAAUAAUUGAAUUUAAAGGCAUAUCAGACAGAAUUGCAUUGUUGAACAUCAUCCUUCCGGGUCACAAGAAACCAAUUUCAAUUGUCCAAGUAUAUGCACCAACUGAAACAGCAGGCGCUGCUAGAAAAAACAUAUUUUACACAGAACUAAACAGAACCAUGGAAAACUUAUAUAGCACUAUUAUUGUAAUGGGAGAUUUUAAUGGUCAAAUUGGCAAGAGAAUGAAAAAUGAAAAUAACAUACUUGGCCCACAUACAACUGGCAAGAGGAAUGAUAAUGGUGAUAAAUUAAUAAACUUUGCUCAAGAAAACAAUUUGCAUAUUAUGAAUAGCUAUUAUCAAAGUAAAUUUAAAAGAAAAUGGACGUGGCAAUCGCCAAACGGACUAGUAAGAAACGAAAUCGAUUUUAUUAUGACAAACAAUCCAAGACUGUUCUCAAAUACCAAAGUAAUAAACAAGCUAAACUACAAUACAGAUCACAGACUGCUUCAGGGGCAUUUAUAUGCUAAUGUUCCAAAACAAUCUAGGAAAAAUAUAAAGCGGACUACAUUGCCAAUCCAACUACCUUUACCAAACAACAUUUUAGAAUCUCUUGAGAAACAAUUACAUGAAACAAAGGUAGUGAAAGGUGCACAAGAAAAAUAUGAUUUAAUAGAACAAGCCCUCAAAAACGUAAAGGAAAAAGUUGAAAGUAUUAAGUCUCCAAAAGACACCAUUGGAUCUAAAGCGAAAGACUUAAUCAGAAAAAGAGGACUUCUUUUUGAAGAUAGAAAAAGUAAUAAACAACUAAUAACAAAACUAAGUAAAGAAAUCAAUAAACAUAUUAGGAAACAUAGACAAGAAAUGAGAACCACAACAUUGAAAUCCCAUAUAGAAAAAUUUGGCGGGGCCAAGAAAGCAUGGAAAGAACUUCGGGAACACUCAAGUUGGAUACAAAGUUUAAAACACCAUAAGUCCAAAAAGUCAAGGACAAGUAGAACAAACAUUAUAGAAGCUGCCACCGACUAUUACUGUGAACUAUACAGCUGUAAAGAUAAAACACACAGACCACUAAAAGACAUUGAGGAAAAAAAUGAAGAACCAAUUCCGCUUAUAAUGAAAGAAGAAGUUAAUAAAGCCAUUAAGUCUCAAAAGAAAGGCAAAGCAGCGGGAGAAGAUGGGGUCUCAAAUGAAUUAUUACUGGGAACUUGUGAAACUAUUCUGUCUCCAACCACAGAACUAUUUAAUGAAAUCCUAAUAACAGAACGAAUCCCACAACAAUGGUCUACAUCAACCAUAGUGUUACUACAUAAAAAGGGAAACGUCGAUGAUAUUUCAAAUUAUAGACCCAUCUCGCUUAUGUCAAACAUAUAUAAAGUGUUCUCGAAGGUUCUACUAGACCGCUUGACUAAGACCUUAGAUGAGAACCAACCUAAGGAGCAAGCGGGAUUCCGUAAAGACUUUUCAACUAUUGACCAUAUACACACCAUCAAACAAGUCAUUCAAAAAUGUAAUGAAUACAGAAUAACAUACUAUCUGGCAUUCAUAGACUACAACAAGGCGUUCGACUCUCUGAAACAUGAGAAGAUCUGGGAAACGCUAACAGCACAAGGAAUACAUAACAAGUACGUCCGCCUAAUCAGCAAUAUCUACGAGAACAUGCAGGCCAAGAUUAGAACAGAUCGCACAGGAGAAUACUUCCCUGUUAAACGUGGAGUAAGACAGGGUGAUCCCUUGUCGCCAAAACUUUUUUCUGCUGUCCUCGAGCAUGUAUUCAGACACCUCGAAUGGAGUAAAUAUGGUAUCAGAGUUAAUGGAGUACUACUAAACCAUCUACGCUUUGCAGAUGAUCUUAUCCUACUUUCUGAAGACGCUGGACAACUACAAGAAAUGAUAGAACAACUUGUUUGUGAAAGCGAAAAAGUCGGAUUAUCAAUGAAUAUAGAAAAAACAAAAGUAAUGACUAACUGCACCAAAAUUCCAAUUAAUCACUGCAAUAGUUUUAUAGAAUAUGUGGAGGAGUAUACUUAUCUUGGACAAAUAAUAUCCCCACAUGAUCUAACAUCAAAAGAAAUUAACAAUAGAAUAAAUAUCGCUUGGAAGAGAUACUGGUCCUAUAAAGAAGUAAUGAAAAACCCUGACAUACCAUUGAAUGCUAAAAGGAAAGUAUUUGAUACUUGCAUUCUACCGAGUAUGACUUAUGGCUGCCAGACAUGGAAUCCCACUGAACAAAAUACCAAAGCUCUACAGACAUGCCAACACAGCAUAGAAAGGAGUAUUUUAAAUAUUAAACUACGAGAUAGGAUAACACUUACAGCAAUAAGACAGCGCACAAAAAUUACUGAUAUAAAACACUACAUCAAAAAAUUGAAAUGGAACUGGGCAGGCCAUAUUAUAAGAACAAACAAAGACAAAUGGGCCAAAGAUGUGAUGGAUUGGUGUCCUAAGUACAAUAAGAGGAAACAAGGAGGUCAAUACUGUAGAUGGGAGGACGACAUAAAGAAAACAGCAGGAACAACAUGGAUGAGAAUAGCAAGAGACCGAUUAGCAUGGAGAAAUCUUGGGGAGGCCUAUGCUGCAAAGCAAGACAAUCUGCAGAAACGACAUAACCAGUGCCAAAAGAAAAAAAUAGAAUAAAAAGAAGAAAUAUUAUAAAAUAAAUAAAUAAAUAUGUAAGUAAACAUAAGUUUAGGUACUAGAAAUAUGUAUGUAAGUUAGAUUGUUAAUAAAGGCUUUUAUUAUUAUUAUUAUUAUUAUGAUGUGUUGCUAACAGGGCAGGUUAGGUUUACCAUAUCACUUUCAUAAUCAAGACGAGUCUCGUAUAAUAUUUCAUAACUAUCAUGCUAAUGGGUUGCAAAUUGUCUAAAAAACAUUGUUUUUAUUUAAUUAUCCCUAGACUUAGUUUUUGCUUCUUACUGCAACAUAUUGCUUUGUGACCCUGAUAUGCCCAUACAUACGUCCUUAAGCUACGUCUAAACAAAAGAGAGGUAGUAUCUAUGGUAUAAAAAAUAUCUCAGUUGCAGAUGUCAGGAGCAGUCAGCUCUCGGUCGCCCACGGUGACGCGCGCGACGCCGCGCACGACCACACUUACGCGCGGCGAGAGUCCGCGCCGGCGCCGGGGCCCAGUGCCGCUCCUCCAGGCCUCGAAAGCGCCUACCAGGAGCGCUCGCACGAACUAAGCGAGGCCCGCAGCCUUGACGUCCUGAACAUGGAGAUAUUGGAGACCAAGAGAACGACAGCCGAAGCAAUAACUAACGUUAACUUGUCGAAAAAUCCCUAAUAAAUAAAUCGUGAUAGCUUACAUAUUGUUGAAAAAAUAGUCCGCACUUACCUCAACAUAUGUAUUGGUAGUGGCAGAGUUUUGCGUAAUAUUUCCUAUUAAAUAUUUGGCAAAGAACAUAAUUGCCGGCUUGUAACCUUUGUUCAAUCAGUCAGAGUGCAGUGAAAUAAAUCUAUGUGGUGACUUCAUUCAAUUUUGUUAUUGCCCUGACAAUGAGUCCUAAGUACGGGCUUAAGAGCCUAUCAACGUGCUCACUAGCGCCACUGAUAAAUAAUUGUGAUUAUUUAAAAUUAACGAUAGAAAUUCAAAAAAGUGGGCCGCUACGUACUGUAUUUUGUAUUUAGGUACCUUUCGAAUACAAUAUAAUAGUUUUUACGUUGCUGGAUUCGUCAAUCUAUGCGUCCAAAGUUAAAACGUCCGUUUUUGU